UUCACGGGGCGGGGGGGGGACGCCUCGUGUGGCCACUGAUGGACAGCCAGGGGACAAACAUGGCCGCCUUGUGGGCCGCUAAGAAGGCCUUGCGUUUGGACCUGAAGCGGAGGGUAGCGGCGCUGAGCGACGCCGAGAAGAGGAGGCAGACGGCGGCCGUGAGCCGGCGGUUACUGGCUCAUCCCAAGUACCAGAACUGCCAAAGAGUUGCUGUCUUUCUGAGCAUGUCUGAUGAAAUUCAGACAGAAGAUAUAAUAAAAGAUGUGUUCCAAUGUGGAAAACAGUGUUUCAUUCCACGGUACAAGCCUAGAAGCAACCACAUGGAUAUGGUAAAGCUCAGCUCAGCUGAAGAAAUCCACAACCUGCCCCUGACUUCCUGGAACAUUCACCAGCCUGCAGAAGAUGUGUUGCUGGAAGAGGCUCUAACCACAGGAGGCCUUGAUCUGAUCCUGAUGCCUGGACUGGGGUUCGACAAACAUGGCAACAGAUUGGGAAGAGGGAAGGGUUACUAUGACACUUACCUGGAGCGUUGUCUUAAGCAUCCAAAGGGCAAACCCUACACAAUUGCCUUGGCCUUCAAGGAGCAGAUAUGUGAUCUGGUGCCUGUGACUGAAAGUGAUAAGCCAAUUGAUGAAGUAUUGUAUGAGACAUCGUAGAUGAGUUCAUUGGAUCCUGGUGAAUUGGACAGGAAGAUCAUUCUAAAUAAAGGACAGCAAUUAUCCAUGAACGUUGAAAAGAAUAAUCAUUUAUGAAGAGGAAAAUAAUUUAAUGUGACUUUCUGCUAAUCAGUGGUGAAGAACAUUGAUGACAACAAUUACUCCACUCCAUCACAAGGAGACUGUGCAAACUCCACAUAGACAAUUCUGGAGGUCAGGAUCAAAGCCAGGUCAUUGGAUCUGUGAGGAUGCAUUACUCAAGCAGUGGAUGGGUCUGAAGAUAUUGACAAUAUCCUUGGUCUCUGCUGCUGCCAGGACUUGACUAAGUUAACCAUAGUGACAUGCAAAUGUUCUGUGGGAGAUUAAUUGGGACAAUGUUAACCAGUGGGCUCACUUGUUUCUGCUUGUGUCUGCAAAAUGGCAACUAAAUCACCUUCACUGACAACGACAGCAAAUAUAAUUGGAUUGAUUUCCCCUUUGAUUUCUUGGACAGCAUUUUCCUGUAAACUCUACAUUUUCAAAAACUGCAUAAAUGGGAUCAAUCAAUAA